AUGAUGGCCGCGACGAUCGCGGCGCGAUCGCGCGCCUUGGCGCCGUGCGCGCGGCCGCGAGCAGCGCGGGAGCGUCGCUCGCGCGGGGGCGUCGCUCCCGCGGCGAGGCCGCGAUUCGACCGCGCGACGCGCGUCGCGUCGUUCCCGUCGUCUGAAUCUGAAGCUCGCCGCGUCAGCAGGAUCGUCCGUACGCGAGCGAGCUCGAGCGACGACGCGGACGCGACGUGCGACCCCGUGGGCCGCGGCCCGUGCGGCGCCAUCCCGGGCUUAAAAUCCGACGAGGUCGUCCUCGUCGUCGGCGGCGCCGGGCGCGUCGGGAGGCGCCUCGUCUCCACGCUCGUCAACUGCGGCGUGCGCGUCCGCGUCAUGACGCGCGACGCCGACUCGGUCGCCGCGCGCGAGCUCGCGUCCAAGUUCAGCGACGCGACGUCGUCCGCGCUCCUGGAGAUCGUCGAGGGCGACGUCACGGACGACGACGACGCGAGAAUCGAGCGCGCGGUCGCGGGAUGCACGCGCGUCGUCGCGUGUCACGGCGCGGAGCGCAUCGCGCGCGUCGCCGACCUCUUCUCGCGACCAGAGUUGACGGACAAGCGGCAUCCGCGCUUCGUGAACUACCUCGGCGUGGAACGCCUCGCGAAAGCCGCGGCGAAGACCAAGUCCGUGCGAAGGUUCGUGCGCGUCACCGGCAUGAGCGUCGGGUACGCGCCCAUGCACCCGAUCGCGGUGCUCCUGAACGUCGUCCUCUCCAUGUCGAUCCAGUGGCAGCUCGCGGGCGAGGUCGCGACGCGCUCCAUCGUCGCCGCCGCGGGCAAGGAGUACGCCGUGGUGAGGCCCGGGAACUUGAGCGACGCGCCGCGGCCGGAGAACUCGGUCGUGAUCAUCGGCCACGGCGGCGCGCACGUGCGCGCGGGGAAGCCGUCGGCGGCGAACGCCACCGUCUGCGUCGCCGGCGCGGCGACGGCGUCCGGGGGGGUGCGGAGCGAGAUGUCGUGGGACCCCGCGCGCGGGAUGCACUACAAGACCGUGGAGACGGACAGCGUCGUGCAGGAGGGAACGGACGUGACCGGGAUGGUGCUUCAGGUGAGCGCGGACGAGGACGAGCUCGACGCGGACGUGAACCAUCGGCGGUGGGUUGGGAUUUUUUUGUUCGGCGUCGUCGGCGCUGCGGCGGCGGCGGCGAGAGCGCUCGCGUCGCUCGCGACGUGGUUCAUGCGGCUCAGCGCUGGGGUCGCGUGACGCGCGCGCUACUUAUUAACUACGCCGCGUUCGUUCGAUUCGAUCGCGCGUUGAUUCAUUCAUUAAUAUGAUUGAUUGUUCAUC